AUGGCGGAUGCUUCAAAGGUUGACGAAGCAUUUAGAAAACAGCCUCGGAUUGCUGACGUCUUGUACUGUGUUGCCGGCGGUAACCAUGCUGAGAACGGGUUUCUCGUUGAUAUUAAUGCACAGGCUCUUGAAAGUUGCAUGCGGAACAACUACUUUACCGCCGUGUACGCAGCCAAGUCUCUGCUCGACAUAUGGACAGAGGAUGAUUUGAAAGGACCCAUUCAUCCCCGCCCUGACCCCAGGAUACGUCAGAUUGUCUUUGUCACAAGCGCCGCCGCGUUUUUGGGUUCUCCGGGCUCCAUUGCUUACACUCGGGACUUUGUAUCCCCUGGAUUUGUCCUCGAACAGAAGACCAAGACGAAUCUCACAAAGCGCAUUCAGGGUCUUGACGGCUACACCAUGUCGGAGCUCGAAGCUCGGUUCCCAUCUUCGGACAAGAUCGCUUCACUCAUCACUUCCGCCGUGGACAGGGGCGAUUUCAUCAUCUGUGACGGCUCGCUGGCUGGCUCAUUACUCUUCACAGGCAUGAUUGGGCCGUCACCAAAGAGGGGAUUGGGCAUUGUUGAUUCUUUGCUUUCCGUAUUUACCGGGUGUCUUCUCUGGCCGUAUCUCAGGUGGAAAUGGGAGUCCAUGACCCGCAAGGACGGCGAAGAGCACAGAAGAGCUAGGUGA